AGGAGGAGCUGGGUGUUGCCUCGCCUCCCUCCACGAGUCUAAAUCCAGUCUGGGCUUUCCAGUUGAUCUCCAGCCCGUUAUUCGAGCAUACUUUGCCGUUUCACCAGCUCCGUCGUGAAUCCCCCGUCUUACCGGACCGCCAUGGGAGUCGAAGGCUGCACCAAGUGCAUCAAGUACCUGCUGUUUUUCUUCAAUUUCAUCUUCUGGCUUGCUGGAGGUGUGGUCUUGGGUGUGGCCCUUUGGUUGAGACACGACUCCAAGAUCACCAGCCUGCUGGAGCUUGAACUGAACGGAGCUCAUGCCCCCACCUCCUUCUACAUCUGUGUCCACAUUCUGAUCGCAGUCGGCGCUGUGAUGAUGGUGGUCGGGUUCCUUGGCUGCUACGGUGCCAUUCAGGAGUCCCAGUGCUUGCUGGGAACUUUCUUCGUCUGCCUGGUCAUCCUGUUCGCCUGCGAAGUUGCCGUUGGAAUCUGGGGUUACAUGCACAGAGAAUCUGUUUCAAAGGACAUGAAGGGCUUCUAUGACUCUGUCUAUGACCAGGCCCUCACAGAGAACAUCGCUGACCCGAAUAAAAAGACGGCUGUUGGACAGGUGCUCAAGGUCUUCCAUGAGACGCUUCAGUGCUGCGGCAAGGACACUAUGACCUCGGUUUUCUCAGUGAUAACGUCUAAAGUCGGCUUCCAGGACGUCUGCUCAGACAAAUAUAUCGGAGUUGACUGCCACAAUAAAAUCGACGAACUCUUCUCAGAUAAGAUUUACCUGGUGGGAAUCGCCGCGCUGGUUGUUGCCAUCAUAAUGAUCUUUGAGAUGAUCCUCAGCAUGGUGUUGUGCUGCGGGAUUCGCAACAGCCCAGUGUACUAAAAAGACUGAGUGGAUGGAAUGAAGACCACAUCAGUCACAGUCUCUGUUCUUUCUUUAUUACAUGGAAAUAUCCCAUAUAAUGCUUGCUGGAUUUAGUGAGCUGUUUAAAAUGCUGCCCUUAAACUUCAUUACACUGUUCCACGUUUUUUUUUAUUCACAGAUGGUGUCAUAUGUAUACAAUCGGCCCUAUCCUUUAAUGAAUUGUAGUUGUUUUUUUAAUCACACUGUCACUCAUUGGUUAAAAUCACCAGUCAAGGUGCUGUAGUUCUUUGAAGAUUUUUUUUUUAUUUGUUUAUCUUGAUUUUUUUUUCUGCAAUCCUGCCUAUGAACAUGCUGAUACAUUCUGUUUUAUGGAUUUAUUUGACUGUUUUUCUGUAUAAACUGUAUAUAAAUAUAUGUUAACAAUGCUUUAUGUCUGCCUGAGCAUGGAUAUUGUAUUAUACAAGGUCUCUGUCCAGUAGUUUCUCCUUACUAACCUCUGCUCGACUGUCUUGCUUUAGACUGAGUCAGAUAUGGCUGUAUGUUACUGACACUACACUGGUUGGCCUUACCGACGCAGUAUAGCAGUUAGACCAAACACACCUCGCCCCAACAUCCACGUUAAUGUGCUAUGUCUGCAUGAAUCUAUUUACUCUAAAAAGCUGCAGGUAACGCCAAUCACCAGGGUUUCCUACAACUGUUCGCUCAUCUAUAAAAAGAAGUUUCUCUUGCGCCUAAACUAAUGGACCUUUUUUCCCCCCCUUACUGGCUGCCAUAGUGAAUUUAAAGUAUUAGAGCGCCACUUCUAACGCUUCCAGCCGCCAUCUCAUACAAACCUAGAGUACAGAUCAUCACACCUCCCGCUGCAACAUUUGCAUAACUUCAUGACUAAUCAUUUCCAAUUAUGAAUUUAAAAAAAGCAAGAUUCAAAUCGAAGUCUGGGAAAAUUGCUUUGAUUGGUGCUGUCAAGGUCUGUCUCUCAUGUGCCAUCGUGUGCCUCCUCCUCCUCCUCCACUGUGCCCUUUGCAGUUCACCAUUCAUGCACUAACACGUCUUAGUCAGGGGCCAGAUGGGGAAGAAGCAGCAGAUCUCUUUCUGUUUCACUAUUUGGGUCCAAAUUUACUCUCCCAGAUGCAGCUGCAGGUCGGCACUGCCUGUUGACGCGUCAGCAAACGCGCAUCCCUUCGCUGCAUCUUUAUAACCUCCCACCUAGUCUUAGCCUAUGGGUCAGCCUAUGUAUAAGCCUUGCCUUGUUAUCAGCUUCUACCUAGACUGGUAAACAGUGGAAGUGUGUAAUGCACCUCUAAUGUAUCCUUAUAAAGAAGGUUGUAGAGAACAAUGUAUGCCUUUUUUCUCUUUGUAUCGCGAUAUGUUUGUCUGGUAUGUCAAACAAAGUCUGGUGAGGGAGGAGGGGGAUUUAGUGGCAGGGUCGAUUGAGGGGGACGUCAAGCUCUCUCCACAUAUUUAAAUAAACUAAAAAAAUAAAAUGAUUGGGCUCUUGAUGAGGACACUGUGUUUCUCCAGGUAAAUAUACUUUAUAUUUGGCAAAGUACACUCUGGAUCCACUGCCACAAGUCUCUGCCUUUUUGCCCUUGUAGACUUUGUUUUGCCCAGAUUAAAGGGGAUUAAAUGUAUUUUCCAAUUAA